UUAAAAUAUAUGUGUGUAUAGUUUUUCUGUUUUACACAUUUUUUUUUAUGCAGUAAAACAUUCUUAUUUUAGUUAUCCUGCAUUACUGGUAGUUCCUCAGUCUGUAAGUGAUGAAAGUAUUAGAAAAAUUUGUCGAUGCCAUAGGCAUGGAAGGUUCCCAGUUAUAACAUGGAGACAUCCUCGCACAAAAGCAUUACUUCUACGAGCCAGUAGUUUUCAUGGAAAGGGUGUCAUUGGAAUGUUAAAAGGGCAUCCAUCAUCUACUAGUACAUCAAGUGAAACUUCUGUGCAUUUAGAACAAGAAAAAUUUAUGUGUGCAGUUGUGAAUUCUACUCCAUCAUCUACUAUGCGACCAGCAUGCAGUAGUGAUAUGCAUGAUUCAACACUAAGUAUAACCUCUCUUGUUAUGGGUGUUGGUGGUCUGGAUAACUUUCCUACUUUGACACCAGAAAUUGCACGGAGGACUAAUCCAUUGCAAAAAGCUGUGAAUAGUCUUAGAUCAUCAGGUGGAAAAGGAGGAAGACGUGUUAGUACCAACAAAAUGGAUUUUCGAAUGAACAGAGGUGCUUCGAACUUCCCUGAGCUAAGGUGGGGAAGCUUAAAAGAGAGGAGGCAAGGUUCUACUACAAGCCUAGGUUCCGAAUUCAGCCUUAGGGCUGGAGGAAGGUUGUCUGAUAUUCCUGAUAUAUUAGAUGCUACAACUCACACUCUACAUAGAGUAGCUCUUUAUGUUUUUGGAGAGAAGGCUCAAAUAAAGGGUAUCAAGGCAGAAUCGUUUCCAAAUUGUGAUUUCAUACCUGUUGAAUUUCCUGAGGUUAGGCAUGUGAAAGCCAGUUUUAAGAAACUUCUACGAGCUUGUGUUCCAAGUGCACCAGUAACUGAUCCAGAUCAGUUGUUUCUAAGGGCAGUUGAAAAUUCUGAAUGGUUAAAUCAGCUUCAAGGUAUUCUUCAAUUAUCUGGUGCUAUUGUUGAUUUAAUGGAUGUACAAGGAUCUUCUGUUAUGAUCUGUUUAGAAGAUGGUUGGGAUGUUACAACUCAGGUUGUUUCCCUUGCUGAGAUAUGCUUAGAUCCUUAUUAUAGAACAUUUGAAGGCUUUAGAACAUUAAUUGAAAAAGAGUGGUUAGCUUUUGGGCAUAGAUUUACACAUCGUAGCACUCACACUGCUGCUACUUUAGCUAGUGGGUUUGCUCCUAUAUUCCUUCAAUUUUUGGAUGCAGUUCAUCAAAUACAUAAGCAAUUCCCGAUGUCUUUUGAAUUUAACCAGUACUACCUGAAAUUUUUGGCUUACCAUUAUGUAUCAUGUCGAUUUCGUACUUUUUUAUUGGAUAAUGAAUGUGAACGAGCUGAAGUGGGCUGGUUGCUUGAAGAUCGUUGCUCUAGACAUCGUGGCUUGGAUGGUGGAUCAGAUGAUGAAACAGGAUUUUCUCUCAAAACUAAUUCCCUGAAUAAUUCCUCUUUACUUGGUCCAUCUUUCUGGGAUUAUGUGGAAAAGCUUUGGGCUAGGUGUCCAAUUUUUUAUAACUUUUGGUAUAUGCCUAGUAAUGAAGAUGGUGUAUUAAGGCCAUAUUCUAAUAUUUCCAACCUCACCAUUUGGGAUUAUUACACAGAAGAAGAAUUAGCACAUGGACCUUCUUAUGAUUUAGAGUUAGUUGCUAUGGAAAGGCAAAGGGAAGAAGAAUCUGUAGCUGCUGAUGGGAAUUCAAGUUCUCGAAGAAUUGUAAAUAAUUGUUACGAUUGUAUACCAACUGUAGAGCCAGACUUUUUCACACAAAUUCUAGAGACUAUCCAUAAUUUAGAGACAGAGCUUGGUCUUUUACCCCAAAAAUGGUUGAUGCUUUGGGAUAAAAUGGAAGUACCAGGAACAGAUUCUUUGACCCGACAGUCUUCUUUUACUACCCAAAUGGUGAGAUCUCAUGGAAGAUCUAUUCAUAAAAGAUCAACCAUAGAAAUUUUAGUUCGAGGGAAGAUGGUUGGAGAAGCUACUCAACCCCAAGUCUAUUCACAUCCUCAUCGCUUUGAAAAGUAUAAUUAUACAACACCGACUUACUGUGAUUAUUGUUCGCAUGUGCUUUGGGGUUUAGUGAAAACGGGCAUGAGAUGUAUUGAUUGUGGCUACAACUGUCAUGAAAAGUGCUUAGAUCAAGUACCUAAGAAUUGUACUAAAUAUAAAUCUGUUAGUGAUUCAGGUGCAGCCUCUGCAUCCGUUUCUAAAGGUGGUAGUGUUGAGAGCUCAUCUGUUGCAUCAAGUGUUACUGCAAUGCAGACCAGCAGUCAAUAUUAUGAUCAAUUUUCAUCAAAUGUAGCUGAAAAUAGAACGCAUGAAGGUUACCUUUAUAAGAGAGGAGCUCUGCUGAAAGGUUGGAAACAACGAUGGUUUGUUCUUGAUUCAAUAAAACAUCAACUGAGGUAUUAUGAUGCAAUGGAAGAUUCUCACAGCAAAGGCCUUAUUGAUUUGGCUGAGGUUAUGUCUGUGGCUCCUGCAACAUCAGUUCAAGGAGCACCAAAAAAAGCAGAUGAAAAAGCUUUCUUUGAUUUACGUACCAUUAGACGGACAUAUAACUUUAUGGCUGCAGAUAAUGUAGCGGCUCAGGAAUGGGUGGAAAAGAUCCAGGCCUGCUUACAGUAGUUAUUUAUGGACAACUUUUAAAGUACUGUUACUUUACAGUACAGUUACCUAACUAUGGAGAUUGUGUGCUCUAAUUUUGAUAAAAUCGAACAAUCCUUAAAGACAUUUUGCUUUAUUCUGUCGCACAUUUGUUACAUACAUAUUCCUGCGUGUUACUAUGCUCAUCAGUAAAACAGGUGAUGCUAUUUUAGGAAUGUCUUAGCCAAAUAAAUGUCGACAAUGUUUUCUCUAACUAUGCAAAGAACUAUAUACUUGUUUGGUGUUAACAUCGCAUAAUAAUUGAAACAGUGGAGGAGAAGCUCAAAUUUUGCUAUGCUGCAUUGUGUGCCAUGGUUCAUUUUUGUACUUUAAUUUGUAGUACAUAGCAAUAUUAUUCAGCAAGUUCCAGUUUUAAUGAUUUUCUUAAGCUGCAUAAAACAUAUCUGAAACUGCAUCUUACUGUAUAAUUGUGCACUUAUGUUUUUGGCCUGUCAUCAAAGUAUAUUUAUACAUUUUCGUUGACUCAUUUUGUUAAAUUUUGUAUUAAUUUUUAUGAAACUUCAUUUUUGUACUUUCAUAAAAUUUGGCCUAAUGUGUGUGUAUAUGUGAUCAAUUUGUUUUUCUUAUUUGCACCCGAAUGUGAUAACUGCUAAUGUUAAAGUAAAAUUCUUUUAUUGUACAGUUUUUGUUUUUAUAAAUAUAUUGAACUUUAUGCAGUUAAAAGUCAUUUUAAUGUAUAUUUUGAAAAAAAAAAAUCAGUUGGAAAUGUCAUCUUCCAUGUAGUUGCUAUGUAAUUUUUCUUCUAGUGAUAUUAUUUUGGAAUGUUUAAGAAGGAAAUAUGUAUCAGAAAAUUUUUAAUGACUGCAUUUUGCUGUGUGAAAGGAGUUGAGUAAAAUGUAGCAGCAUUUUUUGAACUUAUCACACGUUACUUAGUAUAUUUGAAGCACAUUAUAUUUUUUUUAAUCAAAUAUAGUAUGUGCCUCUGUAAAUGGAUGAUUUCUGAUUAUUUGAAUUAUGGUCAGCAUUCAACAUUUGCAGAAAUUUGAUCAUAUCAAAGACAUUAUUGUGAGCAAAGAAGUGGAUAGAAUAAAUGUAUGUUAAAAAUUCUGAAAUUUUAAUGAUGUUUUUAUUGAUAAAUUAAAUCACUGCAUAUUCAUAUUGUUGAGUACUGAUAUUUUUUGCGGGGAAGGGGAAAUAAGUAUGCAAAUGAAUUGUGAUUCUUCUUCUAUAUAAGUUUCAAAUUUGAUAUUUUUCUUUAUUUGUAUAUGUUUUUAAACAUUUUUUUCCCAUUGUUAAAUCCAUAGAUUUAUGUAGGUAGUUCCCAUUCUUUGUCACUCAUAGGUAAAGCUUUUUAUCAAAAUUAAGUUGUAUCAUAUCUUGUAAUGCAUGCAUUAUGCAAUGCUGUUUUUAUUAGUUUUUAUAUGCUGUUAUGAAAUAUCAUUACAUAGUUUUGCCAGGAAAUAGUUAUAAUUAAUUGAUUAUGUUUGAACAUUUAACAAAAAGUUAUACUGAUUAAAAAAGUUUUAGUUACAUUCUCUAUUAAAAAAAUGAAAUUUCAGAAAUAUAUUGUGUAUGCUUUUUGUGUUACACUUUCAGAAUGAAUAGUGCAAAGAAUUUAUGAAUUCAUUUGUGUUCAAUUUAACAUCAAAAAUUCAAAAUGAGAUGAGAUUUAAUAAGAAUUAUUUUCACCUAUUUUUUGUAUUUAUUAUUAAAAAUAUAGUGAUAAAAAUUGAGAUAAUUGGAAUUGUAUAUUUUAAUAUUUCAUGCUUCCAAUAAUUAAAAUUAUAUUUGUAGGGCAA